AUGGUGAAGGCGGCAUCUCCGAGCGUGAAAGCGAUCUUUAUCUUGGACAGCGAUGGCAAUCGCGUGUGUGCCAAGUAUUACGACAAGUCGUACCCGACGCAGAAGGAGCAGCUCGCUCUGGAGAAGAAGUUGUUCGCCAAAACCAAAAACUCUAGUGCCCGUAUGGAAGCCGACAUUGUUCUUAUCGAGAAUAUCGUGAGCGUAUUCCGCUGCGGAUCGGACACGACAAUGCACGUGAUUGGAUCGGCUUCGGAGAACGAGCUCAUCCUGUUGACGGUCUUGGACUCAGCCUUCGAUGCUGUCAGCAACUUGCUCAAGGGACGGAUGGACCGUCAUGUGAUGCUGGACAACAUCGAAUUGGUGCUACUUACGUUCGACGAAGUGGUGGAUGGCGGAAUUAUCUUGGAGGUCGACACGCCGUCUAUCUCGAACCGUGUGCUCAUGCGCGGUAUCGACAACGAAGUUCCCAUGGCAGAACUCACCAUUUCACAGGCGUUCGCUUCGGCUCGUGAGCAGUUCUCGCGCUCCUUCCGUAGCUAG